UUAGCCCCAAGCUUGAGAGUGGUGGUAUCGGCAGCCCAUCGGGACUCCUCCGCAGGGUGGGCUCGAACAUGCCUUUGCUCGCGUGCUGCUACUCCUCAUCUUCCUCGGUGGCACAACUGGUGGCUCGGUGCCCGUCGUGGGCGCUGGGAGCUGAUUCUCCGCAGAGAGGUGGCGGGUGGGGGGGUUGAGAAGAUGAACCACGUGGGCAGCCCCGUGAAAGCUUAUGACUUCUUGCUAAAAUUCCUCCUGGUGGGGGACAGUGACGUGGGCAAAGGAGAGAUACUCGCUAGCCUAGAGGAUGGGGCCACUGAAUCUCCAUAUGGAUACAACAUGGGUAUUGAUUACAAAACAACAACAAUACUUCUGGAUGGCAGGCGAAUAAAGUUGCAGCUCUGGGACACAUCUGGACAAGGCAGAUUCUGUACCAUAUUUCGUUCCUAUUCCAGAGGUGCUCAGGGUGUGAUACUGGUAUAUGAUAUAACAAAUCGCUGGUCAUUUGAUGGCAUUGAUCGGUGGAUAAAGGAGAUAGAUGAGCAUGCUCCUGGUGUACCCAAAAUCCUGGUUGGCAACCGCCUGCAUCUAGCCUUCAAAAGGCAAGUGUCUACUGAGCAGGCACAGGCUUAUGCUGAACGAUUAGGCAUGACAUUCUUUGAAGUAAGCCCACUCUGUAAUUUCAACAUCACAGAGUCCUUUACAGAACUUGCAAGAAUUGUGUUAAUGAGACACGGAAUGGACCGGCUGUGGAGGCCAAACAAGGUCUUGAGUCUACAAGAUCUUUGUUGCCGUGCUAUAGUUUCCUGCACGCCUGUGCACUUGGUUGACAAACUUCCACUCCCUGUUGCCUUAAGAAGCCAUCUCAAGUCAUUCUCCAUGGCCAAUGGCCUGAAUGCUAGAAUGAUGCAUGGUCGUUCUUACUCUCUCACCGCCAGCAACAAUAACAAAAGGAACAGCCUGAAAAAAGCCAAAAUCAUCCGUCCGCUUCAGAGUCCUCCAAAGCCUUGUGCCAGAAAUAGUUGUAAAAUCUCCUAAGCUAUCUUUGGAAAUCUUUGCCCAGCAUUGUUAACACAAGGACUAAUUCAGUAGACAAAUCUAUUGUAUGUAGGUAUUGCUUUGCAGGAACAGGACAAAAGAAAAAAAAAUAUUUUAGAUCAUUUGUUUUUAAUAAUGCUGCUUCCAGAUAUAUGAUGCACUUUGUGCAAACAGAGGAAUGUGAAACUUUAAUGUUGGAUUUUAUAUAUAUCAAUUUUUUGAUGUGCAUGAAAUCUUUGUGUAUUUUAUAAAGGGAAUAAUUUAUCACAAUACUGAGCUUUUGUGUCACUGAAUCUCAACUGUGACUAAUUUUUAAUAUUGCUCAAUUAUUACAUUUUAUUUGCAAUUAGAAUGAAAGUCAAUCGUAGAUUCAUCUAGUUUUAAAUAACAAUGUAUUGUAUACAUUGUAAAAGAAUAUAAGUAGUGACAUUCUAGUAUUGUUUCAGUAUAGCAUCUGAUUCUGGUUUUGUACAGUUUAUUGAGUGAUUCUAAAGCACGACUUUUGAGCUACUAAUGUAAUAUGCACAAGAAAUUGUCUCAUCCAUGUAUAAAACAUUUGAUAAAGUUUUUUGCUAUGUUUCAGAAUUAAAUUGUGGAUUAUAUGCUUAUUUUUCUGGUAAAUCUACAUUUUUGUAUUAGAUAUUCUAGUGAUCGUUAUAUAGUGAAAAAGCCAAAGACAUCAAGACAUAUUUGCUAUAGCCUAAGAAAAAAUGUAAUUUGAAAAGCUGUUUUAUCAGGAAAGGACACUAUUAUU